AUGGCUGAUCAAUUGACGGAAGAACAAAUUGCUGAAUUUAAGGAAGCUUUUUCACUGUUUGAUAAGGACGGUGAUGGCACUAUCACGACGAAAGAGCUUGGCACGGUCAUGCGUUCUUUGGGUCAAAACCCAACGGAGGCUGAACUACAAGAUAUGAUUAAUGAGGUGGAUGCUGAUGGUAACGGUACGAUUGACUUUCCCGAGUUUUUAACCAUGAUGGCCCGUAAGAUGAAGGACACGGAUUCGGAGGAGGAAAUUUUGGAAGCGUUCAAGGUAUUUGACAAGGACGGCAAUGGUUUUAUCUCAGCCGCUGAAUUACGUCAUAUUAUGACAAACCUUGGUGAGAAGCUUACGGACGAAGAAGUUGAUGAGAUGAUUCGUGAGGCCGACAUUGAUGGCGAUGGACAGAUUAAUUACGAAGAGUUUGUCAAGAUGAUGAUGUCAAAGUAA